GGGUCCGGACGGCGCGAGCGAGGGGGCGGGCAAGCCGGGUCCCCGGGAGCGCAGAGCAGGCUCGAAGAGGGGCGGAGAGUGGCGGAGAGCGGCGGGGCGGGAGGGAGGCGAGGGCCGCGGGGAGGGAAAGCCCGGCGGGCUCCGCGCCGCCGCCGCGAGCAGGGAGAGGCGCUGGGGCUGCCACCCGCUGCUCGGCGCGCUCUCGGGAGCCGCCGGCCGGCCGGUCCCGCAGCCUUCCGGGAAGAAGCGGCGCCGCAGCGGCCGGGGCGCGCGCUCGGGCACCCUCACCUGCCCGCACCCGGCCGCUCCCCGAGCGGAGUGUGUGCGGGGCAGGGUGCGGGACCCGCAGGACCCGGAGGCUGGGGGGAGACCCUGCCGCCCGCCCGCGCCGCAGCACAGCCGCCGGGAGCGUCUCGGACCCCGCGCGGGGCGCCGGCUCCAUGGCGACCGGGCUCGGGGAGCCGGUCUAUGGACUUUCCGAAGACGAGGGAGAGUCACGUAUUCUCAGAGUAAAAGUUGUUUCUGGAAUUGAUCUCGCCAAAAAGGACAUCUUUGGAGCCAGUGAUCCAUACGUGAAACUUUCAUUGUACGUAGCGGAUGAGAAUAGAGAACUUGCUUUGGUCCAGACAAAAACAAUUAAAAAGACGCUGAACCCAAAAUGGAAUGAAGAAUUUUAUUUCAGGGUAAACCCAUCUAAUCACAGACUCCUAUUUGAAGUAUUUGACGAAAACAGACUGACACGAGACGAUUUCCUGGGCCAGGUGGACGUGCCCCUUAGUCACCUUCCGACAGAAGAUCCAACCAUGGAGCGACCCUAUACAUUCAAGGACUUUCUCCUCAGACCAAGAAGCCAUAAAUCUCGAGUUAAGGGAUUUUUGCGAUUGAAAAUGGCCUAUAUGCCAAAAAACGGGGGUCAAGAUGAAGAAAACAGCGACCAGAGGGACGACAUGGAGCAUGGAUGGGAAGUUGUUGACUCAAAUGACUCAGCUUCUCAGCACCAAGAGGAACUCCCUCCUCCUCCUCUGCCCCCCGGGUGGGAAGAGAAAGUGGACAAUUUAGGCCGAACUUACUAUGUCAACCACAACAACCGGACCACUCAGUGGCACCGACCAAGCCUGAUGGACGUGUCCUCUGAGUCGGACAAUAACAUCAGACAGAUCAACCAGGAGGCAGCACACCGGCGCUUCCGCUCCCGUAGGCACAUCAGCGAGGACUUGGAGCCUGAGCCCUCGGAGAGCGGGGAUGUCCCUGAGCCUUGGGAGACCAUUUCAGAAGAAGUGAAUAUCGCUGGAGACUCUCUCAGUCUGGCUCUGCCCCCACCACCGGCCUCCCCGGGAUCUCGGACCAGCCCUCAGGAGCUGUCAGAGGAACUGAGCAGAAGGCUUCAGAUCACUCCAGACUCCAAUGGGGAACAGUUCAGCUCUUUGAUUCAAAGAGAACCCUCCUCAAGGUUGAGGUCAUGCAGUGUCACCGACGCGGUUGCAGAGCAGGCUCAUCUACCGCCGCCCAGUGCCCCAGCUAGGAGAGCACGUUCAUCAACUGUCACGGGUGGUGAGGAACCAACGCCAUCAGUGGCCUAUGUACAUACCACGCCGGGUCUGCCUUCAGGCUGGGAAGAAAGAAAAGAUGCUAAGGGGCGCACAUACUAUGUCAAUCAUAACAAUCGAACCACAACUUGGACUCGACCUAUCAUGCAGCUUGCAGAAGAUGGUGCAUCCGGAUCAACCACAAACAGUAACAACCAUCUAAUCGAGCCUCAGAUCCGCCGGCCUCGUAGCCUCAGCUCGCCAACAGUAACUUUAUCUGCCCCGCUGGAGGGUGCCAAGGACUCACCCGUACGUCGGGCUGUGAAAGACACCCUUUCCAACCCACAGUCCCCACAGCCAUCACCUUACAACUCCCCCAAACCACAACACAAAGUCACACAGAGCUUCUUGCCACCCGGCUGGGAAAUGAGGAUAGCGCCAAAUGGCCGGCCCUUCUUCAUUGAUCAUAACACAAAGACUACAACCUGGGAAGAUCCGCGUUUGAAAUUUCCGGUGCAUAUGCGGUCAAAGACAUCUUUAAAUCCCAAUGACCUCGGCCCCCUUCCUCCUGGCUGGGAAGAAAGAAUUCACUUGGAUGGCCGAACGUUUUAUAUUGAUCAUAGCAGCCAGGUGUUAUGUGGAGAAAAUGAUACCAGAGAAUCAGUGCCUUCAUACGACAGCAAAAUUACUCAGUGGGAAGACCCGAGACUGCAGAACCCAGCUAUCACUGGUCCGAAGGCUGUUCCGUACUCCAGAGAAUUUAAGCAGAAAUAUGACUACUUCAGGAAGAAAUUAAAGAAACCUGCUGAUAUUCCCAAUAGGUUUGAAAUGAAACUUCAUAGAAACAACAUAUUUGAAGAGUCCUAUCGCAGAAUUAUGUCUGUGAAAAGACCAGAUGUCCUCAAAGCUAGACUAUGGAUUGAGUUUGAAUCAGAGAAAGGUCUUGACUAUGGGGGUGUGGCUAGAGAAUGGUUCUUCUUACUGUCCAAAGAGAUGUUCAACCCCUACUACGGCCUCUUUGAGUACUCUGCAACGGACAAUUACACCCUUCAGAUCAAUCCUAAUUCCGGCCUUUGUAAUGAAGAUCAUUUGUCCUACUUCACGUUCAUUGGAAGAGUUGCUGGCCUGGCAGUAUUUCAUGGGAAACUCUUAGAUGGUUUCUUCAUUAGACCAUUUUACAAGAUGAUGUUGGGAAAGCAGAUAACCCUGAAUGACAUGGAAUCUGUGGAUAGUGAAUAUUACAACUCUUUGAAAUGGAUCCUGGAGAAUGACCCUACUGAGCUGGACCUCAUGUUCUGUAUCGAUGAAGAAAACUUUGGACAGACAUAUCAAGUGGAUUUGAAACCCAAUGGGUCAGAAAUAAUGGUCACAAAUGAAAACAAAAGGGAAUAUAUCGAUUUAGUCAUCCAGUGGAGAUUUGUGAACAGGGUCCAGAAGCAGAUGAACGCCUUCUUGGAGGGAUUUACAGAACUGCUUCCUAUUGAUUUGAUUAAAAUUUUUGAUGAAAAUGAGCUGGAGUUGCUGAUGUGUGGCCUCGGUGAUGUGGACGUGAAUGACUGGAGGCAGCAUUCUAUUUACAAGAACGGCUACUGCCCGAACCACCCCGUCAUUCAGUGGUUCUGGAAGGCUGUGCUGCUCAUGGACGCCGAAAAGCGGAUCCGGUUACUGCAGUUUGUCACGGGGACAUCACGAGUACCUAUGAAUGGAUUUGCCGAACUUUAUGGUUCCAAUGGUCCUCAGCUGUUUACAAUAGAGCAGUGGGGCAGUCCUGAGAAACUGCCCAGAGCUCACACAUGCUUUAAUCGCCUUGACUUACCUCCAUAUGAAACCUUUGAAGAUUUACGAGAGAAACUUCUCAUGGCCGUGGAAAAUGCUCAAGGAUUUGAAGGGGUGGAUUAAGCACCCUCUGCCUUGGGGAUGGUUGUUCUUCAAGCAAGUUCUGCUUGCACUUUUGCAUUUGCCUAACAGACUUUUGCAGAGGCGGUGGCAAAGAGCAGCUACAGGCAUGGCCCCUGGAGCCGAGCCUUCGCCAUGCGCUCGUCCAAGUUUGGAUGCGGGAACCAGGUCCCAGCUUGAGUUCCUGCAUUUCCCACCACAAAUUACCAACUGGUUGAUAUGUACACUCAUUACAUUUCAGGAGGACUUAUGCUAUUUAUGUUGUGCCUCUGCAGGCAAAGCCCUUAAUAAAUAUUUUUCAUCCUUUCUAAUGACAAUGAAUGGAAUUAAUCACUCUACAGGUAUAGUAUUACAACUCAUGUUUACUUUUUAAAAUGAUUUAGACCGAUUUUCAGAUUUCAUUAUGAUUAAAAAUGUCUCAUGUAGUUGGAAAA